CCCUCUCGUGACCAUCGUACCCGUCGGUCCAUCGACGUCUAUAUCUAAUGACCCCUCCACGUCACACAACCCUCUCUCCUGUGUCCGAUCUCUUUCCUCCGUUGUCCUCUUCACCUGCUUCAUCGCUCAAUCCCAACUCCAAACCAUGCCAAACGACGCCGUUUCCCAUUCCUCUUCCUCCUCGUCUCCCUCCUCGCCCGCCUCCGACAUGCCGAACGACGCCGUUUCCACGCACGCCUCUUCGUCCUCGGCCUCCCCUUCCCGCUUCUCCGAUAUCUGGAACUAUCUCUGGAUCCCUCUGAUCAUUUCCUACUCGAAGGAGCUCAGUGUCGCCAAGGCCCAGUCCACGAUUCUUCUCCCGAGUCAACUCGACCCCGACUCGCCCAGGUGCGUCGCGCCCAACCCCAAGCUCAACUACCGGCCGGUGAUCGGUAUCCUUAGCCACCCCGGCGACGGCGCCUCCGGACGCCUCAGCAAUGCCACCAACGCUUCCUAUAUUGCGGCGUCGUAUGUGAAAUUCGUUGAAUCUGCCGGUGCUCGUGUCAUUCCUCUUAUCUAUAACGAGCCUCCCGAGAUUCUUUUCGAGAAGCUCAAUCUGGUCAAUGGAGUGCUCUUCACAGGAGGGUGGGCUAAAACUGGUUUGUACUAUAAAGUAGUUGAGGCAAUUUUUAAGAGAAUUUUAGCAAAGAAUGAUGCUGGUGACCAUUUUCCGUUGUAUGCCAUAUGCUUAGGUUUCGAGCUAGUAACAAUGAUCAUCAGCAAGGACCGUUAUAUUCUUGAAGCAUUUAAUGCAACAGAUCAGGCAUCUACUCUUCAAUUUAUGGAAAACUCACAUAUUGAAGGAACCGUGUUUCAAAGAUUUCCUCCAGAUUUGCUUAAAAAAUUGAGUACAGAUUGCCUUGUCAUGCAAAACCAUCGGUAUGGAAUUUCACCUGAAAGGUUUCAAGAGAACCAGAAUCUAUCCAGCUUUUUUAAGAUUUUGACAACUAGCACAGAUGAAGAUAAUAAGGUCUAUGUCUCCACAGUACAUUCACACAGUUAUCCCGUGACUGCCUUCCAAUGGCAUCCAGAGAAAAAUGCUUUUGAAUGGGGCUUAUCAAUGAUUCCGCACUCGGAGGAUGCAGUUCAGGUGACGCAACAUGUUGCAAACUUUUUGGUCAGUGAGGCUAGGAAAUCAUUGAACAGGCCACCUGCUGGAAGAGUGCUGGAUAAUCUCAUUUACAAUUACAGUCCCACUUAUUGUGGGAAGGCUGGGAAGGGGUACGAUGAAGUUUAUAUCUUUGCAUAACGUCCAAACAAAUUCACAAGGUCUUUUGAUUGUGCAGUGUACAUGGUAAGUCUUCUGGACUCCAAAGUUCGAAAAUGGGAGAUUGUUGGAAAUGUAAACAUUGAUCAUCAUUUCAGUUACUGAUGAAAAUGGUUUUUUUUUUUUUUCAUGUUGCAAGAUCAUAUUAUGUAUAUAAGAAAAAGAUCAUAUGUAUCUACUAUCAUAGAGUAUUAUGCGAACAAUGACCCUUGAGAUUUCCCUGAAUUAGACAGCUUAAAUUCUGUCUGUUAAUGAUUAAAAAAAAAAUCCGUCUGAGUUCA